AUGUUUGUCAAUACAACAUUCGCAAGCCCAGAAACAAAAUCCAUCAACGUUCAGGGCAGCAGCGUCAUUCCAGAACAUACGACAGCGGAACCCAAGAAUGGCAGUACUCCGUGUUGGAAUGAGUACUGCUGGGACGAAUUCACGUACUUAGACGUCCUUUACCAACACGUGACACCAAAACACUACGAAUGGGCUUUUAUCUUCCCUUAUUUCCUUACUUUCGUCAUCGGGCUGGUGGGCAAUGGCUUGGUGUGCUUCGCCGUCUUGAGGAAUCAGAAUAUGAGGACAGUGACCAACGUGUUCAUCGUCAACCUGGCGGUGGGUGACUGCAUGGUCAUCUUGAUGUGCCUGCCGCCAACGCUGAUACAGGACGUCACCGAGACCUGGUUUCUGGGCACUGUCUGCUGUAAGGCCGUGAUGUUUUUACAGACUACCUCCGUCUGUGUGUCUGUCCUGACACUGAGCGCUAUUGCUGUGGAGCGCUGGUGGGCCAUCUGUUACCCGCUGAAGUUCAAGAGCACACUGUCGAGGGCCAGGAAGAUCAUUGUACUGAUCUGGGUAGUCUCCAUCCUCACAGCGGUCCCUGAAGGUGUCGUAGCCGAAGCAUUUCCCUACCACUUUCCUGAUCGGAUUUCUUCAACUCUGUUGACCAUGUGCAGACCCUCAUGGGAUGCUCUCAAUCAAGGAAUCUACCAGCUAGUUCUGGCAGUGUUGUUCUACGUGCUACCCAUGAUCCUGAUGGCAAUGACGUACACGCACAUCGCAUCGGUCCUGUGGAAACAUGAAAUACCCGGGGUCGUUGUCGGGUCUAAAAUAGCCGGGAGGAAACCCAUGCUGGAUGGCAACAGGAACGCCCAGGAUGAGCAAAUCGUGUCCAGGAGGAAAGCUGCCAGGAUGCUCAUCGCCGUAGUGAUUGUCUUUGGUCUCUGCUAUAUGCCCGUACACUUGAUGAACCUGCUAAGAUACUUCGAGGUGGUCAACUACGAGGGAAACAAUGAAGCUCUCUACAUCCAGUCGCUGGUCAUUCACUUGCUGCCCUACAUCAACUCGUCCGUGAACCCGCUCAUCUACAACUUCAUGAGUG